AUGCAGCUGGAGAUGCAGCAGGAUACUGGUCCCAGUGCCAACAGCAGCAUCUUUCCCCCUCUCACUUUUCUCCUGAGGGGCAUCCCAGGGCUCGAGCACAACCCACACUGGCUGGCAGCCCCCGUGUGUGCUCUGUACCUCUUGUCUGCUCUGGGGAAUGGCACGGUCCUCUUUAUCAUACUGACAGAGCCCAGUCUCCACACCCCCAUGUACCCACUCCUGCUCAUGCUGGCUAUGGCGGACCUGGGCCUGUCCACCUCCAUCCUGCCAACAAUGCUUGGGGUAUUCCUGUCUAGCUCCAGAGAGGUCAGCUCUGAUGCCUGCUUCUCUCAACUCUUCUUCAUUCAUGCUUUCUCCAUCAUGGAGUCCUCCGUGAUUCUGGCAAUGGCCUUUGACCGCUUUGUGGCCAUCUGCUACCCCCUGAGAUACAACUCCAUCCUGACCAAUGCCAGGCAGCUCCAGAUCGGCCUUGCGAUCGCGGUCCGGGCCACUGCUCUGCACAUCCCCCUCCCUUUCCUCCUCCAAAGGCUGCCGUACCACCAGAGCAGUGUCCUGUCCCACUCCUGCUGUCUGUACCCAGAUGUGAUGAAAUUGGCCCAUGUUGGCUCCAGGGAGAGCACGUAUGCUCCCUUCCUUGUGCUCAGCACCAUGGGCCUUGACCUGGUGCUCAUCGUCUUGUCCUACGCCUGGGUCCUGAGGAGUGUUUUGGGGCUAAUCUUGAUGAAGGAACAUGUCCGAGUGCUGAGCACGUGUCUCUCCCACAUCUCCGUGGUGCUGCUCUUCCACACUCCAAUGCUGGCUUUGUCCCUCGUCAGCCACCUGGGCCUUCCUAUUCCUGCCAUCGUUCACAGCCUCCUUUCCUUCCUCCACUUCCUCGCCCCACCGGUCCUCAACCCCAUGCUGUACUACAUGAGAAUGAAGGAGAUACGGGAACAGGUUGCCAAACGGCUUCUGCAGGCGCAGGGGACCUGGGGGAGACACUGA